UUUUUCAUUCCGAUAUCAGAUCGAUGGAAUUUUCUUUGAACUGGUAUAGCAUUAACGUUUAUGGGAUUUCAAUAUACACCCGAUCGUGACUCGCAGUGAUUACCUCUAGCAGUGUAAUGGAAUCGUCCGGGGUUUUAUUCAGGUAUUUAAAGGUAUAUUUGUAUAUAUAAGCCUUCCUGAAUAUACAGGUGUUAAAGUUGUACGGCUACCUGUAUAAAAUCUACCUUGGAUAUUUUGAAAAGUGCGUUGUAUAUACGACACAGAGGGUUAUGUGUUAAUGGGUUAAAGGUAUAAAUCCGAUAUGGUGUGGUCCGGCCAGCGGGAAAUAUGGUAAAGUGUUUUUAUGAAUGCCAAUAACCCGUCUCUAUCGUGCCACAAGAGGACAAUGUGACGUAUGCAUUCGGUGUAGGAGAAAUAUGUACAUAUAUAUGUAAGCUCAUGUACUAAUGUAAACUUAACCCAAAGUGUCCAUUGUGGCAGUGUGAUUUCAAAUCGAUCUGGAAACGGAAUAUACAUUAUAGCGUGGACUGGAUAAAGUGUUCCAUAUUGUUCUGGUAUUUAUAUAUUUUCCUAUUUGUUGGAGUUUCCCUUAGGAGUGAUUCGCAAUGGAUAUCUCUACGUCAUAGUUUGAUACGAGGGCCGUAUUUGUUGGAAUGUUGUGAAUUAUAGGAUUGGAACAGUGGAAUUAACAGACAGGAUGGGAUCCGGAGGAAGUAAAAAAGAGGAAACUAAACACACAACGCCAGCGAAAAUAUCUACGACGAAAACGCUGAUGACAAAAAAUGACAAUGAUAACAAAAAUUCGUCGCUACAGAAACAAACAUCUGAAAAUCAAUAUCCUAACAAUAAUAGGACACAGUUUGAUAAUAAUCAAACAUUUCAAAAUAAUAAUGUCCAGAAAUCCUCUCAUUCCCUCAAUCACAUCGGAAUAAAAAAGAGGAUAUUGAUGAUGUUUUAAAUCUAGAUUCAGAAUGGUCUUCAAAGAACAAACGACAGGAAGUGUACCCUACACCUCUGUCUGAGCGGGGAGGUGUUCGUCGUGAGGACGCGCGAAAUGCUUAUAACAGACAAAUGAACAAUAACACUGUUAUUGAAAAUUACCCAGAGACAUACGCCCAGCGAAAUGCACGGGAACAAUACAAACGUACUGACCUCCUCAGACAGAAAACCAUAUAUAGGGAUCCAAAUGAAUGGGAACCCGAGGACAAAAAGCCGACAGAGGAGGAACAGUCUGAGGGACUUUCUGAACUUUCCGAGAACGAAUCGGGAGAAUUUGAUGUUUCGAAGUUCAGGGCAGCGAACAAAGCCGCUCCGCCACCACGAAGAGAUAUAUUUGAUCUGACACCAGAUCCGUAUACGUCACGACAUGGCUAUGACGACAUGCAUGACCCGGAUUCCUAUUACGAACAAGGUCGCCAAUCCAUACCCAGGAAAGCACCGACCUAUGAUAAAACAGAGGAAGACCUUAUGGCAGAUAUUGAGAAAAUCUUCUGAAGAAGCAAUAUGCUCUCACUUACCGAUUCAUUUUGGUUGAAUAAGCAGCUGUGAAGUCACAAUGGCUGACCAACUUGUUUAAGUUCUCACCUUCGAAGCAAUUACUGUCAAUAUUAUGGGAAUCGGCAAAGUUGGAUAUUCCUGACGUAUAUACAAUAUUAUUAUUAGAUUUUCAAGGAAGCUAAGUGAACAAUUAUGGUCCAACCGUGACAAAAUAUGCAUGGUGUCUUUGAGAAAAUGGAUGGAUAAUUUUGUUUCCAUUGAUCGACUAUACAUAUCACGCACGUUACAGUGGCGUGGCACACUUACCGUGCGUUCGUAGACGCGGUAAAAAAAUUCCUCUAAAAAACGAGACAUCCCGAUGUGUUUUGAAGUUUCCAAGACAUAGUUACCAUUUCUGCAUGGAGUAGAAAGUUUCAUGGGGUUUCACUAGUUGCUAUACCCACUUAAAACGUGAUCUCGUUUCUAUUGUCAGAUAAAAUGAUAUUUGAUUACAGUUUUGUGGAUCAAGAGCAUAUAUAUAGAGCCCCUUUGGUUUUGUUAAAAUAUCUACUGAAAGAAGUUAUCAUGAGAUGAUAUAGAUCUCAAUAUAUCAUUGAGAUUUUGGUACACACCCUGAAGCUAAUAUAUACAAAAGACACCCGCCUCUCCGGCCCACCACUUAGCUGACUUCCGGUUCCGGUUGUUACUUUUGUCCGAUAUUUCUAAAUCUCCCAGAGUGCUUUGGGGCCUCCUCAGUGUACGCAAGGAACCCCUGGGAGAAAUUUGAUAUUUCUGUUGAACUCGAUGGCAUUCCCAUAAUAUUAUUUAUCAGUUAUAACAAUUGCUUUGCCAGUAAAAUAAAACAUGUAUUUGUAUUUAAUGACAUUCUAUCAAUUUGCCAUACGACACAUACAUCAUGUCAAAUAUGUCUUCGUUAAUUAUGUCAAAAAAUUGAAGAUUGUAAUUGCUCCUCGAUGCCAAAUAAUUUAUAUCAUAUACAUUAUGUUGUCGACUAUUUAUUGUGGUGGAAUCGGAAGAUGCAUUAGAGACAUGUACAUUAAAAUAUUUAUUUUA